AUGGCGCCCAAGGUGUUUUCUCUCGACGGCAAAGGCCUCAAGCUCGAUACUGCUGAGGACAUCGAAGCCCACGUCAAACCCCUGCUUGAAGAUACCUCAUUCACAGAAGUCCACCUUGGUGGCAACACUUUUGGUAUCGCAGCUUCAGAACGACUUGCAGCCAUUCUCUCAACACAAAAGAACCUUGAAGUCGCCGACCUUGCUGACAUUUUCACAUCCCGACUGUUAACCGAAAUCCCGCCUGCGCUUUCUGCGCUGCUGAAUGCGCUUUUGGAGAUUCCCCAUCUGUACACCAUCAACCUCUCCGAUAAUGCCUUUGGCCUAAAUACGCAAGCUCCUCUCGUUGAAUACCUCUCCCAGGCCAUUCCCCUCCGUCAUCUGAUCCUGAACAACAACGGACUCGGUCCUCGCGCUGGCGUCCUGAUUGCCGACGCCCUCACAAAGCUAGCGGAGCGCAAGGAAGAGGUGCGCGCAAGUGGCAAAGAUGUCCCUCUAUUGGAAUCCAUCGUUUGUGGUCGCAACCGUCUGGAAAAUGGAAGCAUGGCUGCAUGGGCAAACGCCUACAAGGCGCAUGCCAAGGGUAUACGCUCAGUUAAGAUGACGCAAAACGGUAUUCGCCAGGAGGGUAUCUCGCUGCUUUUGAAGGAAGGUCUAAGCCACGCCGCCGCGCUGGAAGUUUUGGAUCUACAAGACAACACAUUUACGUUACUGGGAUCGACUGCUCUGGCGGGUGUUGUUCAGGGAUGGACGUCGCUGCGGGAGCUCGGCGUUGGAGACUGUCUGCUGUCAGCCCGGGGCGGUAUUAAAGUUGCUCAGGCCCUUGCAGCGGGAAAAAAUGAGAAGAUCGAAACAUUACGCUUGCAAUACAACGAUAUCAACGCCGAAGGUGUCAAGCAAUUUCUCUUUGCGGCCAAGAAUUCUCUGCCAGCCUUGAAGCGUAUUGAGCUGAACGGAAACAAGUUCACGGAAGAUGACGGUAAUAUUGAGGAACUGCGCGCUCUCCUCGAGAAGAGACAGGAGGAACACGGCACAGACGAGGAUUCUGAAGACACUUGGGGUAUCGAUGAGCUUGAUGAACUAGAGGAGGAGGAUGAAGAGGAGGAGGAAGAGCAAGACGAGGAGGAGGAAGAGGAGGAGGAGCAAAGACAUGUGGCAGAUAAGACGUUGAAGGAAACGGUUCGCGCCGAGGAUGAGCCAGUCAGCCAAAAGAAAGACGCCGACGUCGAUGCAUUGGCCGAUACCCUUGGGAAGACUGGCAUUUGA